UACUUUUUCAAAAUGGCGUCGGAAGAAAGCGAAGGUCCAGGCCCAGUGAUUCUGCAUUGCUACACCAAUGAACAAAGGUACUUGGAAGCCAUGGAGCAAACAGCCAGCUUCAAUACAAGGCUGUCGAUGGAGAGAAAAAUGCGGCUACCGUUCUUAGACUCCCAAACAGGAGUGGCCCAGAGACACACCCAUCUAUUUCAUCCCUACAGGCACAGGCAACCAGGGGAGAUGAGUGGCCAGCUGUACAGCUACCCAGCAAAAAGGUGGAAAAAGAAAAAGAGGUCUUUCUUUUCCUCUGACCCAAGGAUAGGUCGUCAUGGAGAUAUCGAGACUGGAGAAGCAGACAUGCAUCAGAUUAGUGCAGUCGAAAACCCUGCCCAUAAAAUUGAUGAGAACGAUUUUGAGACUGUUGAGGGCACGGAGGCAUGGUUUGAUGACUAUGAUGACCUUGGAGAGCCGCCAGAUGAUGGGGCAAUGGUGGAUGAUCAAUCAGACAUCAGUGACUUUGAAGACUCUCUGAAAGGCAAACGGCGGAAAAAGACCACAACAAAGGGGAGGAAGAAGAAGAAUGAUGAGCACAGCAAGGAGCUUCUGACCCCAGAGGAAAAGGAGAAGCCAUACGCUUGUGAAGCUUGUGGGGCUCGUUACAAAACACGGCCCGGUCUAGCAUACCACUACUCUCAUUUCCACAAUGGCAUGAUGGAUGAGGAGAGUAGUACACCAUCACCCAAACCGCCCAGCCGCGCAAACUCAGAGUAUAUUCCCAAAAGCUCUAAACGGUCCAGGGGUGAGGCUGCCACCAGUAAUAGUAAAGCCAGCAAAGCUGCCCCAGCCUCAGCAGAAAGCAAAGUGUCUGCAAACAACUAUUGCGACUUCUGUUUGGGUGAUGUCAAUGAGAACAAGAAGACUAAAGCAGCCGAGGAGCUUGUUUCUUGUAGUGACUGUGGUCGUUCAGGUCACCCUUCAUGUUUGCAGUUCACCGACAACAUGAUCAUCUCAGUGAAAAAGUAUCCUUGGCAGUGCAUUGAGUGCAAGUCGUGUGGUCUUUGCGGCACCUCGGACAAUGAUGACCAGUUACUGUUUUGUGACGAUUGUGACAGGGGCUACCAUAUGUAUUGCUUGAAUCCACCUUUAUCAGAGCCUCCCGAAGGAAGUUGGAGUUGCCACUUGUGUAUCGAGGAAUUCCAUGGUGGGAAGAAACCGGCAGGGAUGAAUUAAGAAUUCAUUAAUUCCAUUAUCAUCAUUUUUUUUUCAUUAAGACAUUGUAUCUUUUAUAUCUCUGUACAGUGAUGUUUCAGUGUUCUGUCUUUUCAUAAAUCAUUUAAUGUGCUAAAUUUUCAUGGCAUUGUACGGGAAUAUGGACUACCAGAUAUGUAUGUGUGUAAAUAAUGUUGCAUAAACCUAUGGACCCAAGUAAAGGCCUGACCAUGUGCUUCCUUUACUAUUGUGCGGUGGUAUGGGCACACACCAGUGUACUGUGUGUGGUUGUGUAAAUCUAGCCUUGGUGGGACAGGUUUUGUCAGCUCGACCAGUGCUGGAAUGGUUAAAGUGUAGGAGGCUUUGAGGUGCUACUUGCAUGCAAUAUUUUUGUUGUUGACAUAAAAAUCGAUGAAAAGGCCAGAGUAAUAAUAAUGUAGGUUUGUUUGUGUUUUCUAGAGCAUCCAAUCCGAGGAAUAAAUGGCGAACCAUUGUUGCUGGUGUCUCUGCUUCAGGCCUCGCACUUGAAGAUCAUAAAGAAUCUCAUUCAGGUUUUGGGUUUUUUAAAAACUAAAUAUGGCUCUAAGUGAGUUUAUUUUUUUGUCAAUACAUUUAAAGAAAUGGACAGCGGGCAAAGGUUUUCCCUUUCAACAAUAUGGCUGUUAUGCUAAAGGGCACAUGUCCAAAUGCUGCUGGAUUGACAACAUCAGAGGCGAAGUAUAAAAGAAGUUUCUUUUAAUGUUUAACAGAUUGGAAGGUGAACACUGAAAUGACUUCUAUCAUGAGAAUCAAUUCAAAGCGGAAAAGAAGAGUGCUGUCUCGGCCCUUCCCUUCUUUUAUGGUUCAGGGCUAAAGGGGUACAAAAUUAGAAAAGUAUAAUUCAGUUGGCUUACACUUUAUUCUUAAACAUCACAUAAUAUGUAACUUGAGAACCAGGCUUCUGUUUGAAAAAAUAAAACAACUGUUUUUAUCAAUUUCUUUUCGCCAAUUAUAACAACCUCACAUCACUGCCGCAAGUGUCAUAAUAGUCAUAUCUUUAGUUGGGACAAUUUCUCAUGAAUUUUGGAAAAUAGAGAUGGUUGUGUUGUGUUUAUAUGUAUAGAGGGGGGGGCUGUUGUUUUGUUUUUUCAGGGGGGGGGGGGGGAAAUUGAAUCUCACACAAAUGAAAGAGUUUUCAUGUUGCACCAUGGAUCAAGCAUCAAGAGAAAAUAGCAAGGAGUCAAAAGAGUGGCCCACAAGUCUUGUCAUUUUAGUUUUGAAAAAUAGAUUUAAAAAUUUUUUAAUUUUUUUUGCGUAUUGUAAUGAGUGUUUCUAUGAGAUUGCAUACUUUGACUGCAAGUAUUUGUUUUUAAAAUUAUUUGUUCGUAAAAAUGUGAAGAAAAUGUCUGUACUUUCAGAAAUAAAACUCUUCAAGGGGUGUUCUGAAAUAUAUAAUUAUGUGUUAAAAAUUUCACAAAGAAUUUUCUGGAAAGGGUUUGAGGGUUGGAUUUUUGGGGGUUUCUUUUCAUUUUCUUGUAAAUUGAGUAUCAUCGUCAUUGUACAAGUUUUGUUUUAUGUAAUUUAUAUUUUGUUUCUGUACAAGUUAGAACAGUUCUUUGCAGCUAAUUUACUUGAUGUUACAUGGACUGUUCGUAUACGCAAUAAAAUUGUAAACAAAAUUUAAA